AUGCAUUGUAUCAAGCGGACCCAGUUGCCUGCAGCAGUUUCAGCCACCUCCUUGGAAAUCUCCUCCCAGGUUGUCCUUCGCUCUGAGCACCCAGAUUUCCCCGAGCCUGUCGCGCAACUCCGUCCCAUCUCCAUUUCCAUCCAUCCACUUUCAGGACGCGCCCCCCAAACGCGCCCUUUUGAUUUCCCCCUCCCCUUCCCUACCAGCUCGCCUCUUUACUCGCUUUCUUUCAAUCCCGUGAAAGUACCCGCUCCCCAUAUUCCAUCGCGCGAGCUCCGACCACGGCCCCAAACAUCACGUCUCCCAUCGCCAAGCAUCCCAUACAACCACCUUCUUGUCGCAUUCACGACAACUAAGCCCACCCACACCGUCGCUACCACUCUUUUGACCGCGCCACCCCCUCCUUGUACUUGCGCGAUCUGGCAAUUGGCACCAGGUGGAGACCAUCACAUUCGGCUCAACUGCGCGUUGAUUUUUUGA